AAAUUACUGUCAUUAUUGCAACCACAAAGUCAUACGACAUCAGGCAAGCAUGGGACCACCCUUUUCUCUGAACCUCCCCGUAUAAACUGUCCUGGCAUGAAAGGUUCAACAGAAGGAGAGAGACGGGAUUAGAAAACGCUUGACAGGCCACUGAGGAAUUCUUCAGUGAAGGCAAAUACAAAAGGCUUCUCCAUCCAGUGGGCUAGACAACUUUUCAACCUUUCUCUACAGAGGAAGAGAGACACAGAAUUCAGCCAUUAGAUGCUCAUCCAAAAGGCAAGAGAAACAUCCUUUUGUCCAAUAAGGCAACAUGGGGCUUUGGGGAAUGGCCAUCAUCAUCGUCCUCCUCCCACACAUGGCACAGAUGACAGAAAUUUCUCCUGGGUUCAAAAUCCGCAUCACGUCCAGAGGACUAGAGUUGUUGAAACUCGAGACACAGAAGUUUGUGGAGGAAGAGCUGGGAGGUAUCACCAUGCCAGAGAUGCACGGCAUGAAUGGAAAUCUCCAGUAUUCCAUUACAGAUAUAAAGAUAAAAGAGCUGAACCUGACUGCAGAUCUGAGUUUCCAGCCUGUAGAUGGACUGCUGUUUGAUGUGCAGAACUCAUCUAUUACCCUCAACUUCCAGAGACGUGUGAUAUACUGGUUGUUAGAGGAUCAGGGUGCAAUCAAUGCCUCCGCAGAAGGCGUAUACAUCAACACCACCCUACAUCUUGCCAAGGAUGAUGAGGGCCGUCUCAAGAUUGCCAAUGUCAGCUGUGAUGCUUCCAUCGCCAAGAUGAGGGCCAAGUUUGGCGGGACUUUUGGGAGGAUUUACGACUUUGUUGCCACUUUCCUGACCACAGGAAUGCGCUUCAUAUUAAAUCGGAAGAUUUGCCCUGCUCUGAAUCAUGCUGGUCUUGUGCUGGUCAAUCAACUGCUGGAGACAAUUCCAGUGCGUGCAGAAGUGGAUAGUUACAUUGGCAUUGAUUACUCACUCUUGAGUGACCCAGUGGUUACUGGCACCAGUCUUGAUAUGGAUUUCAGGGGGAUGUUCUAUGACUUGCAGAACGAGAGUGACAUUCUGGAGAAUUAUUCUCCGAAUCCAGUGUUGAACGAGUACAACCACAUGAUCUAUAUGGCUCUCUCCGAGUACUUUUUCGACAGUGGACUUUAUUCAUAUUUCAAAGCAGGGGUGUUCAGGAUGCACAUAGCGAAUGAACGAAUGCCAAAAGAUUUGGAGAUGCUUCUCAGGACCACCUACUUUGGAGCAAUCAUGCUAUUGAACCCUGCUCUGUUGGAUGCUCCAAUCUCAUUAGAGAUUGAUGUAACAGCAGCUCCUAAGUCUAGCAUCAAGACAUCGGGGGCAACGGUAGCUGUACAUGCUGGUGUCAGAGUGCUGCUUCUACCUGCAGGAAAAUCACCUGUCCAGCUCAGCAGUAUGACGAUGGAGUCCAAAUUGAAUGCCAAGGUGUACAUGAAGGAUAAGAGAUUGGCUAUACAGCUGGACCUGAGAAGGUUUAAAAUCUUUUCUAACCAGUCUGCUUUGGAGUCGUUAGCGCUGAUUCCACUGCAAGCACCACUGAAGGCUCUUCUCCAAAUGACAAUCGUGCCCCUUUUAAACAAUUACACUAAGAAAGGUGUACAGAUCCCUCUGCCAGAUGGAAUCAACCUCGUCGAGGACGUGGUUAAGUAUCACAAUGGCUACAUCACUAUUGGAGCCAAUCUCCAUUUCCGGAGUGGUCUGAAGGAGCUAAUUGAGAGGACGUCUUAAGAGCCUGACAAAUAUUUAAACACUCUUAUUUUUCCUUAACUACUGCUCCCCCCCUUCCCCCUUUCACAUGUACUUUUAAUCAGUGCUUACUACAUACAGUAGUCAACACCACCCAAAUAUUUUACAGUCUUUGCCCGAUGCGAUCACAGAUAAUACCCUUACAUACUUUGUCUUCAACUGUAGCUACAUUUGAUGUGUAUGUUGUUUUCAGAAUAUAAUUAAUCCCUACUGUAUUACUCAGAAAUAUGCAUCUACUUCACACUGGUUAGAACACAAGUAUUACAUUAGUAUUUUGGUAGCCUUUGUUAGUGGAAGACUUGUACUGGAGCUAAAAACUGAAUGAACAAUUUUGUUCAAAAUAUAAUCUAAGAAGAAAUGAGGCAAGUGUUUUUUCUAGAAUUUUAAUCAAUGUCUUAAAAAAGAAAAAACAUUCCAUGUGGACAUGUACCAAUUCUGGAUUAUAAAACUAAAUUAUUCCUUGA